GGUGAUUUAAAAUUGAAAGUUCACAGCUCGGCCGAAUGGGGCGCCACAUACGAAUACGCAUCGUCCAGCCGCUAGCGAGCCGCAUCGCGGAACGAUCAUUUGGGGUAAUUAUCAAUUUUUCUCAAUAGUAAUGCUAUUUUACUCGGAAUUUGGACUGUAAUCCUAUCUUGACCUUUGGAGUGCGAGAGGAAUCCUUGAAUAAGCUGCCCCAACCCGCACGAUAUUUCAGUUGCGGGCAAAUAAGUAGCUGGCCUUCGGUGCAUUAACCAGGGAGGUAUGGACGCAGGCGUGGGGAAUGUCGCCCAAAUAUCGGCUGAAUUAGCUCGAGUUGUCGAGGUGAUGAUGUCACCUGGUAUACCACACGCGCAGCGCCUCGAGGCCUACGCGGCUUGUGAACGUUUCAAAGAAUCAUCUCCGUUGUGCGCUCAGUGUGGCCUGUUCCUUGCUCAGAAAUUUGUAAAUAGCAGUUCGGUCGUGCGACAUUUUGGGCUACAGCUGAUGGAACACUGUGUCAAAUACAGAUGGACCCAGAUGUCACAGCCCGAAAAGUUAUUUAUCAAAGAGAAUGCUAUGAAAUUAUUGCAAGAUGGUACGGAACCAUUUUUGCAAGAGGAAACACACAUAAAAGAUGCCUUAUCUCGCGUGAUUGUGGAAAUGAUCAAACGGGAAUGGCCCCAGCAGUGGCCAACCCUUUUGGCUGAACUUAGCCAGGCCUGUACCAGAGGCGAGAGCCAAACUGAACUAGUACUGCUAGUGUUUUUGAGACUGGUCGAGGAUGUUGCUCUACUGCAAACAUUGGAGUCAAACCAGAGAAGGAAAGAUAUAUAUCAGGCUUUGACAACCAACAUGGCUGAGAUAUUUACCUUCUUCUUAAGACUGAUUGAACAACAUUUUACAAAGUUCCAAGAAGCAAACAGCUUGGGCCAUGUAAAUGAAGCUACCGCCCAUGGCAAAGUUGUCCAGGUUGUUCUACUUACCCUGACAGGAUUUGUGGAAUGGGUGUCGAUAGCUCACGUAAUGGCGGAAGAUGGUCGGUUACUGCAAAUCCUUUGUGUACUGCUCGGCAACCCAACAUUCCAAUGCCCAGCCGCAGAGUGUCUAUUGCAGAUUGUCAAUCGUAAGGGUAAAGCGGAAGACAGGAAGCAACUGAUGAUUCUUUACUCUGAAGAGGCUUUGCGGUGCAUUUACAGUGCCGCGACAAUGCCUGCACCUCCAGCAGGACCAAAUAACUCCGAGGAGAAUUAUUAUUUAUUCUUAAAAAAACUGAUUCAGGUGUUGACCGGUAUGGCUACGCAACUUUGUAUACUUUGGGGCAAGGAGGAUGGAUCGACCGUACGUCCGGCUCAUUUCAAUCUAUACCUAGAUGCUGUAACUACGUUCACCACCCAUUCAAGUUUGACUCUGUCACAUAUGGCUAAUGCCAUAUGGGUAAUGUUGUUCAAACAUGACCAAAUCAAGGCUGAUCCGCUAUUGUUGACGUAUGUGCCAAAGUUUGUCGAAAGUACGGCGCCUAAACUUAUUAAAGUAUCGUACAGAAACGGCAGACCCACAAAUGGAACCCUUACCUAUAGUAUCUCUGACUAUGACUCCGAAGAAGAAUUUAAUGUGUUCUUUCAUCGGCUAAGGAUGGAUCUUCUUGAGGGUUUUCGUCAUGCGACGAUGGUGGCACCCCUGGUGACCUUUGCCUAUGUGCAGCAAUGGCUAUCUGCCAAAAUAACAAAGGGUCUAACGGAUUUAGGGUAUGAGAGUAACCCAAAUGACCCAGUCUAUCUAGAGUGGGAGGCACUCGCCCAGGCAUUAGAUUCUGUCUCUUCAAGGAUACUACAUGUAAACGAACGGCCGAGUGUGCAGACAGGCCUGCAGCUAUUGGAAUUAUGCCUGAGUUAUUCACCCUUAGACCCAUGGCUGUUAUCUGCUCUACUGUCAUGUGUGAGUGGAUUAUUUGUCUUCCUUUCUAUGUCAACGGGAUCCAUGGAGAUGCCUGGUGUGACCAUCCUUCCACGUGUGUUGGAAAAAAUUUUCGCUGCAUUGGUGUUUGAGGGACAAGGUGAAACUAAAGAUAACAGAUCGAGGGCUGUAAAGAACGUCAGACGUCACGCAGCAAGUUUGAUGGUCAAAAUUGGAUUGAAAUAUCCACUACUGCUCCUCCCAGUUUUCGAACAGAUUCAUACCACAGUUCUGGGCUUGGUGCAAGAACCUAGUCAGCUUACCAAGAUGGAAAGCGUCACGUUAUAUGAAGCUUUGCUGCUUAUAUCUAAUCAUUUCUGCGACUACGAGAGGCAAACACGGUUUGUUGCUGAAGUUAUCAGCCAGGGGCAGUCGCAAUUCAUUACACUCGGUGCUGAGGCCUUCAAAGGCCCUAUAGAGUUUGUACGAUUUGUUGGUUUAAAUUGUGACCCGAUUGAAAACAACUUGGAAGAUCCAACGUCGAAAAAUCGUGCAGAUCUCGUCUUUUGCAUUGCAACAAUUUUAAGCAUUGUAAAACGUUGCUCCGUACCUGAGGAUCCGGACCGUGCGGCUAGGGGGGGUUUCUUAGCAGCACUGAGCGAGAGUGGCAAUCCGGUGUACAGAAAUCCAGCCAGUCCACAUGUAAUUCCGCUUCUGCCAACGCUGUUUGCUCUCAUCAGAGCUAUGAAUGCACUUUUCACACCCGAGGCCCUCGCAGUGUUAUCCGAGGGAUACAGAUCAGCUCACGGACUUUUGGAAUCAGAAAAAUCCAAUCUCUUGGGAGUGAAUUCUUCCAGCAAUGACAACAAUCUUGCCGACUCUGACCAAACUACAUUUGCCCCCUUGGUCAGAAUGCAGACUUUUCUCACCAACGUUCAUGACAACUGCUACCACAUGUUGGGAAGUGGUUGUCACACAAUUGGCCGUGACUUCUACCAGCUAUCUGGUCUCGCCCCUGCUCUGCUCAACUCAGUUUUUUCCAAUAUGGAGGUUAUUCCAGAUUACAGACUGCGGCCGAUUAUUCGGGUCUUUAUGAAGCCUUUUAUCUACUCAUGUCCACCAGCAUACUACGAGACUGUUCUCAUCCCUGUCUUGGCCCAUGUAGCAACUCACAUGUGCCACAGAUUGACAGCAAAGUGGAGGUACAUGACACAGUUGUACGAGUCUGGGGGAUUAGAUGAGGAAAAUUGCACAAACGUGCAAGAAGUCAUUGACGACAUGUUGAAUAGAAACUUGACCCGAGAUUUCGUUGACGUAUUGAAGGUAGCUCUCGUCGGUGGGGCAGCCAGCGACGCUUCGCCCCCUGACCUUAUGGAACAGGAUACUGGUGGAAUGGCAAUAGAUGCACCUUCCACCAGAGGUAGUAGCAUCGUUGCCGAGGUAGUCAGUGAGCUUGGGACUCUUGUACUGAGGCAUCCAUCAACUUGUCACAGUGUUGUUCUCUGUGUAUUGGGCGCAUUGUCCUGGAACGACUCAAAUGCAAGCUUGAAGGCAACUCUCCUCACUGGGCCGAUUGUGCGAGCAUUAGCUGUUGAUGGAAGUCUUACACCAGCGAUGGCUGCCCAUGUUAUGGUAGCCGUCCUUCAAGGACUUCAACUUCACGGGCAACAUGAGGCUAAUCAGGGGUCUCUUAUAACGCUAGGAGCACAGAUCUACGAGUGUUUGAGGCCCAAGUUUCCAAACAUAAUCGAAGUGAUGCAACAGAUACCAGGUGUCAACCCAGCCGAUUUGCAAAGGUUCGAUGAAAAGAUGACGGUCGUCAGCACCAAAGGAAACAAGGUCGAAAAGGGAAAGAAGGAUCUAUUCAAGAAAAUUACGAAUCACUUGAUAGGUAGAAGCAUGGGUCAACUGUUUCGAAAAGAAGUAAAAAUAGAUAAUCUCCCACGCUUGGAAGUCCCUGGCAAGCCACGACCGCUUCGUGUGGACGAAAUAUCGAAAGGUCCAUCCGAAACAGGCCUCACAGCGCUCUUCGCAAGCCCCACGUAGCACAUGGCUUAUGAUCGCUGCAUCUCUCGAGCAUGGAGUAAUUUAUUAUGCACGAUCACAGCUUAUGUUACAUGUUAAUCAUGUCGAAAAAUGGAACAAUGCGCAGAACGUCUGAAAGUGAUUAAAUGCUUACUGUGAUUAAAUAUGAGCCGUUUUGGUACACGUGCAGCGGGUAUCCUAAUCGCUACUGUCAGACUAGCAAUAAAAAUGAGAACUGUGAAAAUGAAUACUGGCCAUUCCAAAUCUCGUUAAUCUGUCUUGCAGCUAACUUACAUAAUAAUUACACUGAACGCGUGUGACUCAGGUACAUGACCCCACAUAUUGAUAGAUCAAUUAUCUAGCCUCCAACCUUAUUAUAUGUACAUAUUAUUAUACAUCAAACAUAUAUUCAUAAAAAGCAUAGACUUUACAAUUGAGUAUUUAGUUACAGUUUAUUGCCUCACAAUCAGCAUAUACAGACAUAACUAGCACUAUUAUAGGCUUCAAUCAUCAUAAAUCGUAUUGUUGGUCUUAUUUUGAAGCUAUAAUAGGUAUGUACUUUCAGCGACUGUAUUUGGGAUGCAUUGACCGCAGCGAGUGUAUCUUCAUCUCUUUUUAACAAAUACUGGUUAUGGGGAAUCUGAAAAUACAUGUAUCGCCGCAGUCAGUGCGGCCUUUUUAGAAUCACUAUUAAUUUCAUGCAAUUGAAUUCAAUUCUGCAUAGUUGUACUAUAGUUUCUAGUUGAAAUGAAUGAGAAACCGUUAAGGUAUUUGCAAUAGACUUCAUUUCAUUGCAGACUGUAAUAAUACAUUUGUAAACCUGAUAAUAUUAUCGAGCUGAAAAAGUGAAUAUGUCGUAAUUAUCUAACUUUCAACGUUGUCAUAAUCAUCAAGGCACUUUUGUAAUUAUAAUAUUCGUCGCCUUGACAUGGAUGUCAGAUUUGAAGAAUAAUUGUACAUACAUAUAUUACGCACCAAUAGAAUUUUAUCACUCUGUUGAACUAAAUUUCUAAAUAACUGUUCAAACGUUUUUUGAACUCCCAUCUGUACUCCUACCAAGAAAAAAAUCCCAGCCAUUGGACUCGUGAUAAUGCACUGGAUGUCCAUGGCUUAAUAACAAUAGAGGCGCUCCGCUUACCCAAUUUUAAUAUGACGAUUGUCUAUAUUGGAAAGAAAUGAACCUUCAAGACUUCUUCCAAUAGUCAUGACAGCCAUUUCAAACCAGAAACAAUAUGACCACAGCAUAUAUAGUCUUGCAAAGCAACACCCGGAAGUAUACAAACAAAAGUAUCCCAUGUGCCCAGCAUCACGUACCCACAGAUAGAUACAUGCACGCACACACACACACACAAACGCAUCCCAUAUGAAAAUUGGAAGGAAUAUUCACAUAGGAACUCUUUCGAACCAUACAGAUGCAAAAAAAAAAAAAAAAUACAAAACAGUAAUGAUCUGAUAAAUUUAUAGACUGAUCGAUACAAUUGAGCAAGGUUUUAUGCACUAUGUGUAAAGUUUAAGGUACAAGGUAGUUCUUUCCUUAGUAUAGUUUCUCAGGGUUGUUAUAAACCU